GUAUGAGGGGGAGAGAGAGGCGGUGAUGGUGUUGCGCCACUGUUUGAAAUAUAGCGCUGCUUGUUCUCUCGUCCCUUCUGCUUAUUGCGUUGUCGUCUUUAUUUUCUGCCGCCUCCCUAUGUCUGUUUCUCCCUCACCUUUUCUGCUUCUUGUAAAUGCUAGAUCUAAAUGAAGGAUGGAUUCUGACGAUGUGGCAAUCAGAGAGCAAAACUUUCACAGCCAGGUCCGGGAGUACACAAUUUGUUUCCUUUUGUUUGCUAUUUUGUACACAAUUUCCUACUUCAUUAUUACCAAAUACAAAAGGAAACCAGAUGAUCAUGAAGAUGAAGAUGCCAUUGUCAACAGAAUUUCGUUGUACCUGUGCACAUUUACUUUGGCUGUUUCAGCUGGUGCGGUCUUGCUGUUGCCAUUUUCAAUUGUCAGCAAUGAGAUCCUGCUUUCCUUUCCACAAAAUUACUACAUACAAUGGCUGAAUGGUUCGUUAAUUCAUGGACUGUGGAAUCUUGUAUCCCUGUUCUCCAACCUUUCCCUGUUUGUGCUGAUGCCUUUUGCCUAUUUUUUCUUGGAAUCUGAAGGAUUUGCUGGAUCCAAGAAGGGAAUUAAAGCACGGAUCCUGGAGACUUUAGUUAUGCUUAUUCUUCUUGGACUGCUUAUUUUGGGAAUAGUCUGGGUAGCAUCUGCUCUGAUUGAUAACGAUGCAGCCAGUAUGGAAUCUUUGUAUGAUCUUUGGGAAUUUUAUCUUCCUUAUUUAUAUUCCUGCAUUUCGUUGAUGGGAGGUUUAUUACUUCUAUUGUGUACACCGGUGGGUCUAUCCAGAAUGUUCACAGUAAUGGGACAAUUGCUAGUAAAGCCUACAAUCCUGGAAGACUUGGAUGAACAAAUCCAUUGCAUCAUUCUGCAGGAAGAAGCGCUUAUAAGGAGAUUAAAUGGUGCUUAUAUGACAUCCUAUUUGAAAUACGAUUCUGAUGAACUUGAGCAAGAAUUGGAUGGUGUAAGAAGCAAGAGAUCAAAACUUGAACGACGCAAGAAAGCUUCCGCAUGGGAGCGGAAUCUGGUUUAUCCUGUUGUCAUGCUGAUACUACUGUCAGGGACGACAAUUUCUGUCCUUUUGGUUGCUUUCAAUAUACUGGCUCUGUUGGUUGAUGAAACUGCAAUGCCAAAAGGAUCACAGGAACUGGGCCUUGGUAAAGCCUCUCUGUCUGCAUUUGGGUUUGUUGGUGCAGCGAUUGAAAUCAUUCUGAUUUUCUAUCUGAUGGUGUCCUCUGUCGUCGGCUUCUAUAGCCUCCGGUUCUUUGCAGCCCUCACUCCCACGAAAGAUGACACAACCAUGACAAAGAUUAUUGGAAAUUGUGUCUCAAUAUUGGUCCUUAGUUCUGCAUUACCAGUUAUGUCAAGAACCUUGGGAAUAACCAGAUUUGACCUACUUGGAGACUUUGGAAGGUUCAACUGGCUGGGCAACUUUUACAUUGUACUCUCAUAUAAUCUAUUAUUUGCUGUGGUAACAUCGCUAUGCCUGAUUCGAAAAUUUACAUCUGCUGUAAGAGAAGAACUUCUUAAAGCUUUAGGUUUGAAUAGUCUACAUCUUUCAAAUAGGACGCAGGAGUCAGAGAAGGUUCUGCAUUCUGCAAAUGGACACCAAAAAUCAUUCUGAUACCUGAUAAAGCAACAGACAACUUUCAGGAUGCAAACAAUUCAGUCAUAUGACAUUCCAUUCCCCUCAGUUCUGCCGGGAGUCUUCACAGUCAUUUAUUUUCAGCUGCUAGUGGAAGUCAGAGAAGGGUUCUGUUGUGGAACAAUGUUAUCUGAGAAAUGCACAGGAAGUACAUGUUUGGGACUCACUCCAUUUCAGCAAGAGUUUGAGGUAUGGCUGAAUGUGCUUUGCUUGGACUAUCAUGCAGUAUUUAGACUACCUUCUACACAUCUUUUGAUUAUGAUUUGAAAUCUCUUUGGCAGUGAUUUAAAGUUUUGGGUCAUUAGAAGGUAAUUGCUUAGUUUCUCACUAAAACACACACUCAGUACUACUACUAGAAAAUAUGCCACCAAGAGAGAUUUUUUUGUGAAGUCUGGGCAUGCAAACAUGUUCUUCCAGGGAGCUCUGGUUUUUUUUGGCUGUUGCUUAGGUUAACAUUGUGGAGCCAUUCCCAGUUUCUGCUUUGGAACAGAAUGCCUCAUUUCCAAUUAAGAUCACAUAAAACUGCAUUCCUACUGCAAUUUUAAUCAGAAAGAAAAUGUUUCUUCACUAACCUCUCCAAUAACAU